UUUUAGUUCCCUCUAAAACAUAUUUUUUUUUUCCAACGGGGCCGGAGAGUGCGGGGUGUAAACACAGGGCAGCGUGUUUAAACCGGCGCUCUAAGACGCAAUGCCGCUGUAGCGGGAAAACUCGCCUUAGCCCACCGGCACCCUCGCCGAGCCACCGACGAGCCGCGGCGGCGGAGGAGGAGGAGGCGGAGGAGGAAAGAGGUCUGCUCAAGCUACGCACGGCAAGAGCCUCCACCCUUGACACGUUCUCAGCCACUCAAGUCUUCACCGACCGUCUUCGCUCGCACAAAGGCGAGAGAAGUGAGGGUUUUUGGUAACACCCCUGCCUCAAACACACCAAGACUUGUGAACUGUGACCUGACUUGUGACCUUAUCCCUGAAGAUGAAACUGAAGGAGGACAUGAACCCGCUGCUACUGCAGGUGUUCCGCUCUGUGGUCUGGGUCUACUCCGUCAUCACCUUCCUCCCCUGGUAUUUCCUCUCCGGGGCUGGCACCAACCUGGAGCGGGCACGGCGGAUUAAGGCACACUCCGUGAGUGGGCACCCAGCAGGACCUUACCGGGCUAUCCACAGCCAGAAAAGACUGGUGGCAUGGCUGCACCCAGGGGUUGACACCUUGGACAAAGUGUUUGAAUAUGCAGCCAAGAGGUUCCCGGACAGAGACUGUCUGGGCACCAGGCAGCUGCUCAGCGAAGAGGAUGAACUCCAGCCCAAUGGCAAGGUCUUCAAAAAGGUAAUUUUGGGGGACUAUGAUUGGCUGUCAUACAAGGAGGCCUACCAGGCUGCAAUGUGCUUUGGCAGUGGACUGGCAGCUCUGGGCCAAAGUCCUCAGUGUAACAUUGCCAUCUUCUGUGAGACCAGAGCAGAAUGGAUCAUAGCUGCACAGGCCUGCUUCAUGUACAACUUCCCACUCGUAACCCUGUACUCUACCCUGGGACCAGCCGCCAUUGCCCAUGGCCUGAAUGAGACGGAGGUCACACACAUCAUCACAAGCAAAGACCUCCUGCAGAGUCGUCUCAAGGCCAUACUGUGUGAUGUGCCGAGACUGCAGCACAUCAUUGUUGUAGACAGGAAGCCCACCAGCUGGCCAGACAUUCCCAAAGGCAUCAUGGUCUACAAUAUUGAUACUGUACAGGAGAUGGGCUCUUCGCCUGACAAUAAAGCAAUGGCUCGCAUGCAGCCUGUGCCCUCCGACAUUGCUGUCAUCAUGUACACCAGCGGCUCCACUGGCAUCCCCAAGGGUGUCAUGAUCUCCCAUAGCAACAUCAUCGCUGGCAUCACGGGCAUGGCCGAGCGAAUCCCCAACCUCAAUGAAACCGACACCUACAUUGGAUACCUGCCAUUGGCCCAUGUUUUAGAGCUUAGCGCUGAAUUGGUUUGUAUCUCUCACGGUUGUCGUAUUGGCUACUCCUCUCCACAGACACUGGCAGACCAAUCUACCAAAAUAAAGAAGGGGAGUAAAGGAGAUACUAGCGUGCUGAGGCCUACUCUCAUGGCUGCUGUACCGGAGAUCAUGGACCGUAUCUACAAGAAUGUGAUGACCAAAGUGGAGGAGAUGAGCAGUGUACAGAAGACACUGUUUGUGCUGGCGUACAACUACAAAAUGGAGCAGAUCUCCAAAGGCUACAGCACACCUCUCUGUGAUAGCCUGGUGUUCAAGCGGGUGCGUUCACUGCUAGGAGGAAACACGCGGGUGCUGUUGUCUGGUGGGGCGCCGCUCUCGGCCGCCACCCAGCGGUUCAUGAACAUCUGCCUGUGCUGCCCCGUGGGGCAGGGCUACGGCCUCACCGAGACUUGUGGAGCUGGCACCAUCAGCGAGAUUUGGGACUACAGCACAGGAAGGGUUGGCGCUCCUCUUGUUUGCUCAGAGAUUACUCUCAAGGACUGGGAAGAGGGGGGUUAUUACAGUACGGACAAGCCCAAUCCACGUGGAGAAAUUGUGAUCGGCGGUCCCAAUGUAACCAUGGGUUACUACAAGAACGAUACCAAGAACCGCGAGGACUUCUUUGUGGACAAGAAUGGCCAACGCUGGUUUUGCACAGGAGACAUUGGAGAGGUUGACCCAGACGGAUGCCUCAAAAUCAUCGACCGUAAGAAAGACCUAGUGAAACUGCAGGCAGGAGAAUAUGUCUCCCUUGGAAAGGUGGAGGCUGUCCUGAAGAACUGCCCGUUCAUAGACAACAUCUGUGCCUAUGCUAACAGCGACCAGUCGUACGUGAUUAGUUUUGUGGUGCCCAACCAGAAGCAGCUAAUGACGCUGGCGAACCAGAAGCAGGUGAAGGGCAGCUGGGAGGAGAUCUGCAAUAACCCCGAGAUGGAGAGAGAGGUCCUGCGCAUCAUCACCGAGGCAGCUAUUUCAGCAAAGUUGGAGCGCUUUGAGAUCCCCAAGAAGAUCUGCCUCAGUGCAGAACCCUGGACGCCAGAGACCGGCCUGGUCACCGAUGCCUUCAAACUGAAGCGCAAGGAGCUGAAAACACACUAUCAGGAAGACAUCGAGAGGAUGUACGGCGGGAAAUAACAUAGGAGAAACACACAUGUACACACACAAACACAUACACACACACAAGCAUACAUGCAAAUAUUUAUGUAUGUACACAAAUAGGGAGCUAAGAAACUACUACCAGGAGAGGAUUGACAGAUACAGGUAAUAUACAUGCACACAGAAACAGACAUACACUCUCCCAAGACACACACCCAAGCACCUUCUCCUCUCUGCUCCCCUGCAACCGGCUUUUUGAUCAAAGGAAGAGAAAACACUUGAAACCAGUUGAUGAGUCUCUCUCAAGACCAGGAUGCAGAGGGCCCCCCCCCCCCGACGGGCAGC